GUUAUGUCGAUUUUCUCGAGAAACGGAGGCGCAGCAGGUGUUGCGUGCGCUGCUCAGGAAACGGUUCCAGAGCGACACACGCCGACGGAGUGAUCGCCGCGGCCGGCCCUUCGCCGGUAGUUAAUUCCACGUGUCCGGCCGGAUGGCGCCUCCCUCGGCCUCGUCUUCGUCCCCGGCGGCGCCAGCGGGAGGGCUCGUGCUGUGGCUGCACGGCUCUGCCCAGACGGGCGAGGAAAGCCGCGCGCAGGUCGAGCCCUACUUCUCCGCCGCCCCGGAGCUCGCAUCCGCCCUCCGCCUCUCCUUCCCUACCGCCCCAAAUGCCCCCAUCGCCUGCUACGGUGGUGAGAUGAUCACUGCUUGGUUUGGCAUCUCGGAGGUUCCCAUAACCGCUAGCACUGUCAGAGAUGAAAAAGAAGUCCUUCAGGCCGUCGAGCAUGUGCACGAAAUGCUAAACAAAGAAGUGGCUGCUGGGACGAGUCCUACGAACAUAUUCGUUUCUGGAUUAAGCCAAGGAGGUGCUUUGGCCAUAGCAAGUGUUCUGCUCUACCCAAAAACUUUAGGUGGGUGUGCUGUUUUCAGUGGUUCAGUUCCUCUAAGGAAAUCCUUCGCUGAAAGGGUAUCCCCUGAAGCCAGAAAGACACCAGUGUUAUGGUUCCACGGGAUGGCAGACGGGUUGGUGUUGUUCGAAGCCGGGCACGCUGGGUGUGCAUUUCUCCAAGAGCUUGGCAUGACCUGCGAGUUCAAGACUUAUCCUACUCUUGGACACUCACUGGUGGAUGAAGAGCUCCAGUAUUUCCGACAAUGGGUAUUGGAUCGUCUAGGGAUCUCCCAAGGAGCUGAAGUCGCCUGUCCGUCAUUGUCGUCUCACCAAGAGGAUCUCCACUAACUGAUUGCCAUUACUGAUGAUGUUCCUUGAUUUCUGAUUAAAAAACAGUACCACUGUAGGUGCCACAUCACUGUCUGAAAAUUGCAGUUUAUCUGGCCUUGAAUGUGUGAUCCAAUGAAAAGUUUAUGAUACUAGUAGUUGACUGCUAUCUCAAUUCAUGUGCCCUGACAACUUGUUCU